AUGAAUUCUCUGGCCGAGGGCCUACUGGGACCGCCGGACCCGUCUAAAGCGGCUUUUCUGGACUUCGGGCUGGGACCCCCGUCUUCUCCUCACCAGCAACCUCAGCCCUCGCAGCCGCAGCAACAUCCGACCACCUUGGCGGCCCCUUACUCACUCCAAGCCUUGCACCCGCUGCCGCCGCAGCAGCAGUCUCCGCACGACGGCGGCGUCUUUCCUCCUUCUGCCGCCUCCUACGGCAGCAGACCCCUGGCAUAUCCCCCUUACCCCGGGGCGGCCGGUAGCAGCCCUCACGCCUUCUACCACCACCACCAUGGCACCUCCUACUCACCUUACCAGCAGACCUCGAGCGCCUUGGGCCACGGGACGAGGCUGGAGGAGACGGAACUGGAGAAAUCAACCAUCAUAGAGAAUGGAGAAAUCCGCAUCAAUGGGAAAGGGAAGAAAAUCCGGAAACCACGCACCAUUUAUUCUAGCCUUCAGCUCCAGGCCCUCAACCAGCGAUUCCAACAAACCCAAUAUCUGGCUUUACCUGAAAGGGCAGAAUUAGCAGCACAACUGGGCCUGACCCAAACACAGGUCAAGAUUUGGUUCCAGAACAAACGUUCCAAAUUCAAAAAGAUUAUGAAGCAGGGCUCCAGCAUCCAAGAAGAUAAUUUACAUAGCUCUUCAUCUUUGUCCCCAUGUUCACCCAACAUACCUCCGCUUUGGGACAUCCCCAUGGCAUGCAAAGGACCUCCUCUGCCUUCUAACACCUACAUCAACAGCUUUGGACCUUGGUACCAACAGCCACAACACCAAGAUGCCAUGGGAAGGCCUCCAGUGAUAUGACAAAGACAAAAAUUGGAAUGUCAGACCAUCUCAUGUGCCCUUUUCUAUAAACCUCUGACCAACUUUCCUGCUAUAGGGAAGUGGGACAUGGGUGAAGUAAAUGGCUUCUUUAAAGGAAUUUUCAGGCCUUUCCCCUUGACAAGAAGCCCUCUAGCUAGAGAUGACUGCCAAUAUAGACUUCCUUUCUCUAAUCCAGGGCCAUAUCUAACAAUGGUGAUGGAAUAUGUGAUCAGAGAUUGGGAAAGUGCCCCAGAUCCCCCCUGAUUGUAAGUCAGGAGCCGCUGAGAAUACCUCUUCAGUGGAAAUUUAUGAAAACAGUGCCUGUGUUAUGGUUCCAAAGAUAAGCUCAUGAGUAAUGUGGCCCUACAUAGCAUAUUCUAUAGUUGUAUUAGGAGUAUUUUUGUUGCCUUGAGUUUUGUUUGCUUCUGUCAAUUUUUCUGUGUCUUAAACAGUUUUGAUAACAGAUAUAAAUGAAAUUGGUGUAAGCUUUUUCCCCCUAAUGUAGAGCUUCAGGCAGGGGUGAAAAGGUUUCAUUUUUUGUAUCUCUGUCCAUCAUGCAGAUAGAUAAAGGUAUGGAAGCAUUUAUUCUAUUUUUAUGGCAAUCUUAGUAUAGUGAACAGAAUUCUAUUUCAGAAAGGUAUUAGAAAAAUGGACUACUGAAUUGGAUAAAAAUUCAGAAAUGAAAGUCUAUGCAAGGGGCAAGGAGUCUGAGAUUUUCUGUUGAUACUGGACUCCAUCUCCUGUCAGCAUGUCUGAUGAUCAAAGAGGAUGGGUUUUAAAGUCCAACAGUUUAUGGUACAGCUCCAUACCCUUUUGAACAGUGGCACAUGAUUUGGGGAGUAAAAUGCUGGUUACUCUGGAGAUUUCUUCUCAUGGGAUUAAAUUGGCAAGAAAUACAGUAUAGCCCAUCAAAUUGUGUUCAAUAUUUUCCCACCUACAAAAUAAAUUACAGUUGUAGGUAGUGAAUUAUCAGAAGCCCCCAACUUACAAACAUCAAUAAGUAGGUUUUGAAAAUACUCAAACAUCAUAAAGCAAAUUUCUUAAAGUUUAUGUUUAAGAAACCCAGAAUUGUGUUUACAGUUGAUAAAAAGUUUAUGGAAUGUAAUCCCCAUAGUCGCCUGAUGAAGUUUUUGGGGAAAAAACAUAUUUGUUCCAACCACUGUUUGAAGUCCUCUCUAUUUGAAUAACUACCUGAAUAAUUUUAAUUUUAGGUACCCUCCCCCAGGUUUUGCCAAGCAGAAUGACAAAUGUUUUAUUUAUUGAAACAAAACUUUUGGU